GUGUUAUACGAGGGUCAUGCCAAAAGAAGUUAGAUACUCUAUGGUCAUUUGAUCGAUACUGGCCAGUUAUACACCAUUGUAAAGGUAGGUUAUUUGCUAAUAAAUUCAAAUAUGGAACACUCGGAAAAUGUUAGGAUUCCUUUUUUAAUUAUUUUUUUUCUGGGUAAUUUUGGAGGGAAAUUUUCGCAACAAUGGAGCUCACUCGACGUGAUUUUCGUGUUAUGAUUUAUUAUGAUUUUAAAAAAGGUUUAAAACCUCAAGAGUGUUUUGAACUUUUAGUUUCAACUUUUGGCGAGUCUGCUUGUUCACGUGCAACUGUUUUUAAUUGGUUUGCUGAAUUUAAAAGGGGACGAGAGACCUUUGAAGAUGAGGCGAAGACCGGACGGCCGCCAACCGCAGUCACUCAAGAAAACGUACAGGCUGUGGAAAAAAAUGUUCGUGCGAACCGACGAAUUACAUAUGCAGAGCUCGAGCGUGAGCUGGGUAUUGGAUCAGCAGCAUUGCAAACUAUAAUUCAUUAUCAUCUGGCCCUUCAUAAGCGUUGUUCAAGAUGGGUGCCGCACAAACUCACCGAUUUGCAAAAAGACCGCCGCGUAGAUUGGUGCAAAUUUAUGAUAGAUAAAUUCGACGCUGGCGAGAAAAAAAAUGUAUAUGAUAUACUUACAGGUGACGAAACAUGGCUAUAUAACUACGACCCCGAAACAAAGCGGCAGUCCACAGUAUGGUGUUUUGAAGAUGAGCCGACGCCAACAAAAUGUCGCCGAACCCGAAGUACACAAAAACAAAUGAUUGCCUCAUUUUUCUGCAAGACGGGACAUAUUGCUACGAUAGUGCUAGAAGAUCAAAGGACAGUCAACUCUGAAUGGUAUGUGACAGUUUGUGCCCCCAGAGUACUGUCAGCUUGGUGUGACAAGCGGCCGAAAUCGGGAACUCAGCACCUGCUCUGGCACCAUGACAACGCUGCCCCUCACACUUCUGCUAGAACACUUGACUAUUUCAGCUCAAAAAACGUGACUAUCUUGCCCCACCCGCCAUAUUCCCCCGACCUAGCCCCUUGCGAUUUUUACUUAUUUCCCAAAAUUAAAGAAAAAUUAAAAGGAAGGCGAUUUGAGAACAAAGAAGAUGCCCUGGCUGCGUAUAAUUAUGAAAUUUCUGAGGUAUCUAAAGAAGAGUGGUCAUCGGUAUUUUCUAAGUGGUUUAGACGGAUGGAAAAGUGUAUACGUGUUCACGGUGACUACUUCGAAAAAAUAGAUAGCUGUAAUAAAGAAUAAAGUCGGUAACUUUUGAGUAUCUAAUUUCUUUUGGCAUGACCCUCGUACUAGAUCUCGUUCAAACCAAUUUUCGGUGGAAGUUUGCAUGGUAAUGUAUAUCAUAUAUUUUUUGUAGAUUUUUCAUUCUGUUAUUUUAGAAGUUACAGGGGGGUGGGGGGGACACACAUUUUUUC